GGURKCCCGCCAUGUUGAAGCUCAGCAGGUUGGUUCGUGUUCAAUGACUGAAUACUUCGGGAAGAUGGAAGGGUGUAAUACUGGAUUUAUUCACUCUUUGCAGAAGAACCCGAAGUCUGAUUGCAGCGUUGAGCUGAACACCUUACAAGACUGCGCUGUAAAGAAGUUGGCAUCUUGUUUCUCUAAUCAGAAUCUGAAUGACGCUAUGUUAAAGUUGGUCUUUAAAAGUUUCRUAACCAAGGAGUUAUUCUGYGAUAAGGCAGGCAUACAAUUCCCUAGUGUUGAGGGUAAUGCCACCCUCCCUUGUAAUUUGACGAUUUCAGAAUACACGUCCAAAAUCAAUGAUUGUUCCAGAACUGUACUCAAUAUGUGGGUAGCAAACAGGGCUGACAAACGAACUUGUGGCGAGUAUGUGAAAACAAAAAAAUGUGUGAAAAAAGUCAUCGAUGAUCACAAUUGCAUUCCUGAAGGCCUUUUUAAAGAAAUGAUCAACGUAUCACUWGGAAAAUAUAACAUGUUCUGCCCCGAUGGACAAGACCCUGUCGCUGGUGCAGCAUCCWCUGUCCUUCCUUACAAAAUCCUCUUUUUCUUCGUUCUUUUAAUUAACAUAUUCUUUUGAAUGCAUAGCUCUUCAGUAUUGAAAGACUUGAAGUGUAASUGAACUGUGUGACGUCCAACACGCACUAGACAAACGGUGGUGUUAGUUCAGUUAUAGAGUCGAAUUUCCCAAAUCAGAUUUGUAACCUUGAAAAAUGGAUGAAUUGUGCAAUGAAAGUUGAUGCACAUCAAAUUAAAUUAAAAUAAAAGUCUGAUCCUUAAACCUUUUGUACGGGUCUUAUUCCGGGAAGMAAGGAACCAACUAGAUUCAGAGUAUUGCAAACAAUCUUUUAGAACCAAAACACAGUUAUACGCACGACAUUAUAUGAAUGAUUUGC